AUGACCCCGGGCGCCAAGCUCGCAAGACUGACCACGCCAGCAGGCACUUGUGUCGUUUUUAAAGCAGAGCUAGAAAAAGAAGGCCUGACCUUGGCCUGGGAGAUCUGCUUCUGUGAGGGCUGCCGACCUGCUGGGAAAAGCCAGGACGCGGGCCUGGAGCUGGACCAUGACAAGAAUCUCAUUCUCUCUAACCUGGACUCCAGCCUGAGUGCUGAUGACCCGGGGGACAGCAGCGAUCCAGAGCAAAUCUUCCAGAACAUCCAGUUCCAGAAGGACCUCAUGGCGAACAUUCGCUGCAGACCCUGGACCAUGGGACAGAAGCUGAGGGCACUGAGACGAGCGAAGGAGAUCGUGCUGAAGUUUGAGGGUCGGCUGACCAGGACGCGGGGCUACCAGGCAGCUGGAGCAGAGCUCUGGCGGAGGUUUGCUCGCCUGGCCCAUAACUUCGUGGUCAUCUUCAUUCCCUGGGAAAUGAGGAUAAAGAAAAUCGAGAGUCAUUUUGGGUCUGGGGUCGCGUCCUAUUUCAUCUUCCUGAGAUGGCUGUUUGGAAUUAAUAUUGUGCUGACGAUGAUGACGGGUGCUUUUAUUGUCAUUCCAGAGCUCAUCGCAGGCCAGCCCUUCGGAAGCACCGCCAGCAAGAGCAUCCCCUCGGCCCAGGCUGCAUCCGCGCAGGACCUGGACACCGUGUGGUCCCUGGGGGGCUACCUCCAGUACUCGGUGCUCUUCUACGGCUACUACGGCAGAGAGCGGCGGAUCGGCAGGGCCGGCUACCGGCUGCCCCUGGCCUACUUCCUGGUGGGCAUGGCCGUGUUCGCGUACAGCUUCGUCGUCCUCUUGAAGAGGAUGGCUAAGAAUUCCCGCACGAGCCUCGCCAGCGCUUCCAGCGACAGCUACGCCUUCUGCUGGCGAGUGUUCUGCGCCUGGGACUUCCUCAUCGGGAACUCAGAGGCCGCGGAGAGCAAAACGGCCGCCAUCGUGAACAGCAUCCGGGAGGCCAUACUGGAAGAGCAGCAGAAGAGGAGGAGCAGAAACCUAGCUGUGGCCGUCUGCCUGAGGGUCAUCGCCAACACCCUGGUGCUCGUGUCGCUGGCCGGGAGCAUCUAUCUCAUCUGCUUCGUGGUGGACCGGGCGCAGAAGCUGCAGCAGGCCAAGAAGGAGCUGACGCUCUGGGAAAAGAACGAGGUGAGCGUGGUGGUCUCGCUUGUCACCAUGCUGGCGCCGUCCGCGCCGGCCCUGGAGCAGUACCACCCCCGAACCACCCUGCGCAUCCAGCUGGCCAGGGUCCUGGUGCUGUACCUGGGGAACCUCUACAGCCUCAUCAUCGCUCUCUUGGACAGAGUCAACAGCAUGAGCGCUGAGGAAGCUGCUACCAAAAAUGACACAAGUCACUGGGUGGACUCCAGCAUCUUCCCUGCCACCAGGACAGCCCCCGAGGAAGAGGGGUGGCCCUUGCCCACGCCCGGGCCUGGAGGCAGCACGUGGGCCCCGGAGGUGGCUAGCGUCCCACCUGACACCCUGCCCCUCCCAGAGGCCAACCAGACCGCGGUCCACAGCCAGAGUCCGCAGAACCAGUGCUGGGAAACCUACGUGGGGCAGGAGAUGCUGAAGCUGUCCAUCAUCGACAUGCUCUUCACCGUGGCCAGCGUCCUGCUCAUCGACCUCUGCCGCGGCCUCUUCGUGCGCUACCUGGGCGACUACUGCUGCUGGGACCUGGAGAGGAAGUUUCCUGAAUAUGGGGAAUUCAAAAUCGCAGAGAACGUGUUACAUUUAAUCUACAACCAAGGAAUGAUCUGGAUGGGGUCCUUCUUCUCCCCGUGUCUCCCCGCGUUCAACGUCCUCAAACUGAUGGGGCUCAUGUACCUGAGGAGCUGGGCCGUGCUCACCUGCAAUGUGCCGCACCAGCAGGUGUUCCGAGCGUCCAGGUCCAACAACUUCUACCUGGCCAUGCUCCUGUUCAUGCUCUUCCUGUGCAUGCUGCCCACGGUUUUCGCUAUCGUCCACUACCGGCCAUCUCCCCACUGCGGGCCAUUCAGCGGGCAGGAGAAAAUGUACGACAUCGUGUCGGAAACGAUUGAGGAGGCGUUCCCCACAUGGCUCAGUGUGGCGGCCGGGGCCAUCAGCAGCCCCGUGGUCAUCCUGCCGGCUCUGCUGCUGCUCUUCAUGCUCAUCUACUACCUUCAGAGCAUCGCCAGGUCCCUGAAGCUCAGCAACCAGCAGCUCAGAACGCAGAUCCAAAAUGCAAGAUCUGAGGACAAGAGAAAGGUCGCCCAGAUGGUGGAAGCACGAAUCCAAACCCAGGAGGGAAGCACCAGGAGGCCGCCGAAGGACAGCGACCUCAGCAGCCAGCGGUCCUCGGCCCGUUCGGCGACGCCCCAGAACAACGGCCACGUGGCCAGCUUCGACUCGUCGAGCAGCAGGAGUGGCAGGGUAGAGACGGUCACCCAGCCCACGCCCCCGAGUCUGCGGCCGGGGCCCGGCAGUGCCAGCCCGCCCCUUCCUGGCAUCCCUCAGCCCGGGCCGGAGCGCGCCACCGGCAGAUACUACGUCGUUAGCGACUGCCACUCUCCCCGGAGACCCCGACCUACCGUCUGGCCAGCAGGGCGUGUGGAGACUGAUGCCUCGGGGGACAUGGUGGUGCACCCCCGGGCCCCGCAGCCGGCUCGCUGGCCGCAGCCCAGUGCGGAGGAGGCACUGAGGGCCCUGUGGGUCCGCGGGCCCCUCCACGGGGCUCAUUCCCAUGCCGGCGGCACAGAGCACCACGGACGAGGCCCCCGCCAGUCUCGGAAGCAGGGGCUCAAGGGUCACGUUGACCGGCCGAUGUACGAGCAGGGGCAGCCAGCCCCCCGGCCCCCGCGGCAGGCCCGAGCCCAGCCCCGGCCCGAGCCCACCUCCCCGAAGUCCGAUUCCGCGUCGGCAGCGUCCAGCAGUGACCUGCACGAUGGCACUGACCACCUCUGGGUCUGCCACGGCCAGGACAGCUUCCCGCGGCCUGGGGGCCUGUGGGGGCCGCAGCGGGCCGUGGAUCUGCACCGGCUGGUUUGUUCAGACGUCUAGCCGCCGGCUCUGGCGUCCUCUGGCGUCCCACUGACAGACACCGGAGCCGGGCUGGGGUGCGGACGUGUCUGACAGUGUGGCCUCCCUUCUGGAGAGAGCGGGGAGUGUGCCUGGUGUGUGGGUG